CUACACUCGGAGCUGUGUUUGGCUUAAGCACCUGCCUGAGUGCCCAAAUCCGAGAGGAACCAGAGGAUCCCUUGAACUAUUUCCUAGGAGGUUGUGCAACAGGAGCUGUCUUGGGUGCAAGAGCUCACAGUUAUAUGACUGGCACCACUGCAUGUUUGGGGUUCGGAAUUACUGCUGCGCUGAUGAAGAUAGGCAACAAGGAGGGCUGGAGGCUGAUGGGACCUCCCAAGCUGUAA